ACAGGACCGACAGUCCCGGUGACAUAGCUCGGGGUGCAGCACCUUUACCCGCACAACACCGGCGGCACGAUGAGCCGGGGCCCAGCCACAGGAGAAGAAGGAGCGGAUGGGGGGACGGGACGGGACGGGACGGGACAGGACAUGGAGCCGAGGGUGAUGCCAAACGGGUGGUCCCGUUUCUUGCUGCUACAGGUUCUCUGCUCCGCGUCACAUGCGACUCCAGCGACCGGUGCUGGGCUCCUGCACCCCCCAUCGGACGUCUCUGUCGACUCAGUGAACAUGAAGCACCGCCUCACGUGGCGCCCCCCAGAGGUCUCCUGUGCUACUGUGAGCUACUCGGUACAGUUCCAAGGGGAGUUCGAGCUGCGAAUCCUCAACGGGAGCUGGGAGGAGGUGCAGGCAUGUCAGCGCAUCGGCGCAUGCGUGUGCGACCUGAGCGACCACCUCGCCUCGGACUCCGACUACGAGCUGCGCGUGCGAGCUGAGUGCGGCGGCGCUGUGUCCCGGUGGGCACGUCCCGCCAUGCCUUUCAACAGGAAGCAGACGAGACUGGCCCCCCCAGCACUCAGCAUCCACACGACGGGCUCCUCUGCUCAGGUUCACUUCCCUGACCUGCCGCCAGCGCUCCACCUGUUCCUCACACACUGGCAGAGAGGUGACGAGCUGCGGGCCUCCACAGUGUGGGUCUCGGUGGAAGAGCGGCCGUUCCUCCUGUCCCAGCUGCAGGAGGGCGCUACCUACUGUCUGCGUGCCCAAAUACAGCUGCCUGGCAGCAACAGGAGCGCCUCCUCAGACACACACUGCUUUUCCAUUGCCGGUGCGUGCCGCUGUGCCUCGCCGUGGUUUACCGCGCAUUACUGUGUGUUCUGA